AGCCCCUCUCUCUCUCUCCCCAUCCCCUCCCUCCCUCCGUGUCUCUCUCUCCCCUUCCUCCUCGCCCCCAUCCCCCGCACAGGGCGCUGCUGUGCGCCGUGGGAGGGAGGAGCGAGAGACGCGGCGACUGAUUCCGCUGCUGCUGCUGCAUCGGCCACCGGAGCAGCGCUGAGAACGCGAUCAUCGCCUUCCUCCUCUGGCUCGCGUGGAGGAGGAGGACGACCCCUGAGGUGCAGCGAGCGAGGUGAAUGAAGGACGCAGCGGCAAGAGCUCUCACCCCGUCGUGGUCCGUUGCCGCUGCUGCCACUCACGUCGAGCAGGUGAGCGGCGCGUCGUGCGGCCGCGUGCGUCCGUGAGCGAUGGACCGCAUGAAGCGGCUCAAGCGGCGGCUGUCGGUGACGCUGCGCGUCGGCCGCACCAUCGACGAGUCGCUGUCGGAGCUCGCCGAGCAGAUGAACGUGGAGGAUGGGGCCACGCGUGGGGACUGCGAGCCCAUGGUGAAGAACGGGAAGCCGCCCACGUCGCAGAGCAUGCACUCCUUCCUGCACCAGUACGCGGGCAGCCUCCGCAAGCCGCCCCUCCGCCGGCCGCACAGCGUCAUCGGCAACGGCGGCUUCGGCUCCUACGUCAACAUGCCCAUCAACAACAACAACCGGCUCGGAAUUGUCCACGAGAACCUGAAGAUGGGCUCUGACGGAGAGAGCGACCAGGCAUCCGGAACGUCCUCGGACGAGGUGCAGUCUCCCGUGCACGUGCGCAUGCGCAACCACCAGAACCGGCGCAUCUCCCAGGAGGACCUGAACAAGCGGCUGUCUCUGCCGGCCGAUAUCCGCCUGCCGGAGGGAUACCUGGAGAAGUUUCAGCUCAACGGCCGCUCCUUUGACGCGCCGCUGAGCCGGCGGCUGCGACGUGCCUCCUUGUCAGAAAUUGGAUUUGGGAAACUGGAAACCUACACGAAGCUCGACAAGCUUGGAGAGGGCACGUACGCGACGGUGUACAAAGGCCGCAGCAAGUUGACCGACAACCUGGUGGCUCUCAAGGAGAUCCGCCUGGAGCACGAGGAGGGAGCGCCGUGCACGGCCAUCCGCGAGGUGUCGCUGUUGAAGGAUCUGAAGCACGCCAAUAUCGUCACGCUGCACGACAUCGUGCACACGGACAAGUCCCUCACCCUGGUCUUUGAGUACCUGGAGAAGGACUUGAAGCAGUACAUGGACGACUGUGGAAACAUCAUGAGCAUGCACAACGUGAAGAUUUUCCUGCUGCAGCUGCUGCGUGGGCUGGCGUACUGCCACAAGCGCCGCGUGCUGCACCGCGACCUCAAGCCGCAGAAUCUGCUCAUCAACGACAAGGGCGAGCUCAAGCUGGCCGACUUUGGCCUGGCACGGGCGAAGUCGGUGCCCACGAAGACGUACUCCAACGAGGUGGUGACGCUGUGGUACCGGCCGCCCGACGUCCUGCUCGGCUCCACCGAGUACUCGACGCAGAUCGACAUGUGGGGCGUGGGCUGCAUAUUCUUUGAGAUGGCGGCAGGACGACCCCUCUUCCCCGGCUCCACCGUGGAGGACGAGCUGCACCUCAUCUUCAGGAUGCUGGGCUCGCCCAGAGAGGACAUGUGGCCGGGGAUUUCGUCAAAUGAAGAGUACAAGUCCUACAACUUCCCCAAGUACCGCUCCGAGCCCAUGAUCACCCACGCGCCGCGGUUGGACGUGGACGGGCUGGACCUGCUCUCAAAGUUCCUGCUGUACGAAGCCAAAACGAGGAUCUCGGCGGAGGAUGCUCUGAAGCGUCCCUACUUCAAGAGUUUCGGGGAAGAGGUGCACUCCCUCCCAGACAUCAUUUCAGUGUUUGCUCUGAAGGAGGUGGAGCUUCAGAAGGACCCUGGCCACAGGAUGUCCUCCUACCAAGAAUCUGCAUUUCUGGCUGACACCUCCUCCUCCACCUCCUCCUCCACCCCAAUUGACAAGCACCUUGGCAUGGUCACUAGCCGCUCACUCUAUCAGUGCACCAACAGUUAGGAUCUGCUCUUCGCUUCAAGACAUGCCCUCUGCCGCGCACGGCAAGAACAGAAGACAGAGCAUGCUGUUCUGAAGGCAGAGAGAAUGGAUCUGAGAAACGACGACCGCAUGGGCCCAGAAGGCAUCUGCAGAUCAUCUUCCCCCUUGAAGGCUUUUUCCUCCCGUUCUUCGAACAGAAAUCACCCUCUGCGGGGACCCGUGGCUGAGCGCUCGUCGUCCAGACCACUGCACAGUUUGUGGUGGUAAUGCUUUGUUAUUUUACUUGCCCCUCCUCCUGCGUUAGCGUGGCCGAGUUAACCUCCCCGCCCCCCGCCCCCCCGGGGUGACGCGAAGCUCACUGUGAACGUUCGUCACGAGUAACGCGUGCAAUCGUGUUGUUGUUGUUGUUGUCGUCGUUGUUGUUUUUUCCUCCCGCCGCGUGUCAUUCCUGGUGAGCGCGUCGCGCUGCCGAACGUAGCCCCACCCCCCAAACCCCCACACCCCCUACGCCACCCCACACCCUCACACCACUCCCCACACCCCCCACGCCCCCACACCCCCCACACCACUCCCCACACCCCCCACGCCCCCACACCACCCAC